CAAAUGUUUCACCUGGAAAUUACUAUAAAAUGAAUAAACCAAUGAAUUGUCUUUAUUUCAAGUUAAUUAACACAAUAAGGAUUCUAUUUUUAAAGUGUGCAAAAGUAGGGGUACAUGGCUUCAGGUCUGAAGGGGUACGUGGAAGUAAAAGGUUUGGGAACCACCGCAUAGAAUAAUCUAUGUCGUUCUUUAUCGUUUUAUUUACCGGCGGGCGUCUUUUAUUUUGAAGGCCUGACCACACCUGAUACAGGAUGUAUUACACGGAUUUUGCGGAGAAAAGCUCCACCCGGAAGCUCCGCCCAUGAACCAGAUAGGUAUUUUCCCUCAUGAACGUGAAUACAUGGCUAACAUCCGGGAUAUUAUCAUUCAGAUUGAGAUUUGAGACAGUGCUGAGAAAGAAGAGCAGUACUCCCCGCUGAAAUCUGUAACAAAUGCGUUGCUAUUUGCUUGUAUUAUUAUCUGCGCAAAAAAAGUAAAAGUGAAUACAUUUUAAUAUAAUUUGAUUUUGUAUUGUAAUGUCACGUAUCUAACAUUACGGAUUUUAUUCCGACAUCAAACUUGUUCCGGAAGCCGGAAGUGAUCACCCAGAUGCCUGCAGCAGCAUUAUCUAGCCAUUCAAGGAGCGGAGGCAGGCUGCAACUUUAAAGCGACAAAUCAUUGAAUUCAGCACUCAACUGUGUAGUUUCCUGCCGUAUUUUCAUGAUAAGAAUUUCAUUGGUGUAAAUCUCAAAAGGCAUGGCUGCGGAUUGGCUGGGUAGUUUGGUGUCAAUUAAUUGCGGACCGACACUAGGAGUCUAUCAGGGAGAGGUAUCAUCAGUGGACCAGUCCUGUCAAACGAUAUCUCUCAGACAACCUUUUCACAAUGGAGUCAAGUGCCCUGUUCCGGAGGUCACAUUCAGUGCCAUUGACAUAAAGGAACUAAAGAUCUUGGAUAUCAGAAAUGGAAGUACUCAGAGCAGCUUUCUAGUGUCUACCAACGCAAGUAGUGCCCCAGUUGCAGUUCCAAAAGGUGACCCGAGAACUGUAGAUGCUGUGAACUCUCCACAGUACUUUUCAAAAAGCUAUGGAGAACGCCACCUGGAUGUCCCUAAGGGCUUUAGACGAAGACACAACUCGUGGUCAUCCAGCAGUCGAGCUGCAAACCAAGUCACCCCCAAGAAGAAUGGGGUGAAAAACAGCACUCAGAUGAAGCAAAGGGACGACGAGUGUUUUGGUGACGGGAUGGAUGACGGCCUGGACACUGACUUCGAUUUUGAAGGAAACUUGGCCCUUUUUGACAAGGCGGCAGUUUUUUCAGAGAUUGACACAUCAGAGCGUCGUAACGGGGCCCGAUCACGUGGUACACCUCAGGAGCAAACACCCUCACGGUACCGCCACGAUGAGAACAUCCUGGAAGGCAAACCUGUAGUGUACAGACAGAUCACAGUACCACAGCCUGGGUUCAGAGAAUACUGCACUGACUCUGGACUCGUGGUACCCUGUAUAUCAUAUGAUCUGCACAAGCGUCUGCUGUUAGCCGCGGAGCGUCAUGGCCUCACUUUGGAGCGACGACUUGAGAUGACUGGCGUGUGUGCUAGUCAAAUGGCCCUCACAUUGCUCGGUGGGCCAAACAGAUUCACGCCCAAAAACUUACACCAGCGUCCCACUGUGGCUCUGCUGUGUGGCCCGCAUGUUCAAGGUGCUCAGGGCAUUAGCUGCGGUCGUCACCUGGCCAACCACGAAGUUGAGGUCAUCCUGUUCCUUCCCAACUUUGUCAAGAUGGUCGACUCGGUCACCAGUGAGCUGACACUCUUCAAUAAGACGGGCGGGAAACAAGUGUCAAACAUCAAAGACCUGCCAGACACCCCCGUGGAUCUCAUCAUCAACUGCCUGGACUGCCAUGAGAACACCUUCCUGAUGGAUCAGCCUUGGUACAGAGCGGCUGCGGACUGGGCUAACCAGAACCGUGCACCGGUACUCAGCAUAGACCCUCCUGUUAGCGGACGGGGGCCGGCAGUGGAGGCCAAAUGGUCCCUGUCCCUUUGCCUCCCCCUCCCCUUAGCAGAGGGGGCUGGCAGGGUUUACCUUUGUGACAUAGGUAUCCCCCGUCAGGUCUUCCAGGAAGUGGGAAUCAAGUACCAUUCUCCUUUCGGAUGCAAAUUUGUUAUCCCUCUACACUCGGCGUAAUGGGACUGGUUGUUGAACCUUUGACCAUCCUGGACUGUGUCAAAGCCUUCAGCGUUUCUCCAUAAAGUUACUGACAUUUCACCAUGUGAAUGUGACCUCUCCCUCGUACUGAAGGACCGCUCAUGUAGUGCAUUAGUUCUUCUGUACCACAUGCUAGCUUAAUGGCGAGAGCACAGCUUUUUUUUUCUUCUUACUUUUAAAAAGAACCUAAUUAACACCUCUAUGGGUUGCAGUAAUUACAUAGAUACUAUUGUAUCUAUAUAGUGUUGGAGAUAAACAGGUUAUUUGAAACUACAAAUUCAAUGACUUGUUUAUCUAAUAGAGUUAAAUUGUGUUUUGUAGGACAAUCUCAGAUUUAAAAAAUUGUGACAUGAACGACAUUCUAGUCUUUCAUCGAAAACACAUUUAAAGAAACUGAGGCAGGUAAUGGUGUAUAAUGAUGAUCAUCAUACAGACUGUCACCAGUUUUCUUUCCAUGGUGCGUCACACUGUGAUGAUAAAGCAUGUAUAAUCUCUCGCUUUCAUCAUUUUGUAGUUUUUUUUUUUGCUUAUUGUAUGUUAUCUGAAGUACCGUGACUGUUUUAUUCAGUACGUUAUUUUCUACAAUUAGAUUGUAUGGUCGACUUCCAGUGAUAUCAAAGUAGAUUCCCCUUUUAAUAAAACAAGAUGGCAGCUUCUCAUUAAAUGGCUAAAGCUUACAAAACUCAUUUCUAAAGUUUCAAAACGAGCAAUUUGAUUGUAAGUGAAGUUGAGAUGUGUUUAACAAUCACCAAGCUGCAACCUACUUUGAUAUAAUUCUUGCCCCCCCACCACCACUUUUUACCUUGAAGGGAGAGCUCGUACUGAAAAACAGGAAGUCACAUUUUCUUUGGGCCACGUUGGGCGGCAAAAAUAAACAGGCUCAUUCUGUAAUGGGACCAUUGUUAUUUGUGGAACACUCAGUUUCAUUUCACUGUACCUGUUCUGUUGCAGGACCAGCCAAAACAUGAAAAAGUGUGAUUGAUAGUCUGGGAAGCACGGCAGUUGCUUUUGUCCAUGAUCAUACUUCAUGGACAACUUUCCAUCAUUCCACAGGACUGAUGUAUUGCAUCUCAGCAUCCUGAACAAAUCCAGCCUGACAACAUCAUUACUAUUAAUAUUGGCCGUGAAUGGCAUUUAUUGUGCUGUAAUUACAGCGUCAUUGUUUCCUCAUAAAUGUUUGUUUUACACCAGGGGUCUCAAACUCAAUUUACCUGGGGGCCACCGGUGAAGCCGGGCCGCAUCAGGUUUUCAAAAAAAAAACCCAAAACGCAUUUAUUAAAAACUGGAAAAAAAAUCAAUAAAAAAAACUAUCUUCAAUGCUUUUGCUUCUGCUAUACCAGGGGUUGGCAACCUUUACUAUGGAUAGAGCCAUUUUACCCCCUUGCCCACUGAAGAAAAAUAGCCUGGAUAGCCGCAAAACAUAGUAUGUUUAAAACAACAUUGGAGGGAAUUUGGGGUAUCAAAGUAGUUCAGAUAAGAAAAAACGAGUUGGAGUACUCUUGCUAGUAUUGGUGAUGAAAUUACAUAAAUGUAUGUGUAAACUACUGCAAACUUACCUGAUUUUUAAGUUCCCAUGGAAUGAUCUUUAAUUUAUUUUUUAGAAUUGUCAAAUAGCUCCGGUAAAGUAAAAUAUUACUUAUUUUCCCUCAUGUUUACCUGUGUGAGAGAGAACUGAAUAGCAUCCUGUCUGCUCAUCAUUGUGCUCAUCCAAUCACCAGUCAGAAGUCAAGAUGCAUUCAUGGUCUCACACAAAGUUGGAUUUUUUAAAACUAUACUAUAUAACUAAAUAAUAUUCAAGCAUUGCAAAAGGGAGCCACAACAAAGAGGCUGAAGAGCCACAUGCGGCUCUUGAGCCGCGGGUUGCUGACCCCUGUGCUAUACCCUACACUUUUUCACUACUUUGGUUCCGCUUUUCCACACCAAAAUAUCUGAUAAAACAUUCCACUGUUCUCAAAUAUCUUCAUUUUUAUUUUUCUAUACACAAAAUAAGAUAAAAAAAUAAACAAAUUAAGAAUAAAGACAAUAAAUCAAUCAAUCAGUAAUAAAUAAGUAAAAUAAUAAUAAAACAGCAAAUAAGAAAAAGGUAAGAAACCACAUACAGUUGGUAGAGAAAUGAUUUUUUUCAGAUUGAAAUGUACAGUAUUAACAGUUAUUUAACCUUUAACAUGAACAUGAAUGAAACUUAAUAAUUGUACCCAAUUAGCAAGUUAGCAUGGUACUCAGUUCCAUCUGGGAGCAGCGUGGUAACUUUAACAACAUGUUUGAUGAGAUGCUUUAUCUUGACGUGGAUUUUCCCUUUUAUUCCAAAUCAUUUCCUGCGUUUAUUUGUACCCAGCGUCAUAAGCCUUUAGCUUCAUUGCUAAUCCAAAGCAAAACAGGGCGUGGUAACAGUAUGGGCGGGGCAAAAUCAUGUUCAUUGUGCACACAGCUUUAAGCUGUCAUUUCAACAUUAAACUUUGGUAUCAAGGUGGGGGCCUCCAAGUAGCAUCUCGCGGGCCGCAUUUGGCCCACGGGCCGCAAGUUUGAGACCCCUGUUUUACACCAUCACCUUCACUGCUUGGUCCACGUUGGCGAUUACCAUUCAACAAUGUCUCAUUUGACUCCAUUUGACUUUUUUUGUUAGAGUUUCCUGAAAUGUGACAUGCCUCCUGAGAGAAAUAAUUAAAUGUUGGCAUUUUUUUUGUUUUCAAGCACCCAUUCACAACAACAGCAUUUAGGCAGUAAACAGCCAUUUUCAAUCCACAAUGCUGUUGCUCUUCAAAGUGAACUCACUUUUAUCAGUCAAUACCUUUCAGUAGUUUUACUGAUACUGUCAAAGAAAAGCUGUUGGAGAGUCUGUGACAGGUUUUGGCAUUGCAGUCAUCACUGGUACCUUUUUAGUGUUCUAAAAAUAACAAAUGUACUUUCUAUUUUCUCCAAUUACUGGAGACUGCUGUUUGUUUGUUUUUUGCCAUUCAUCUGAGAGACGAAUAAUAAACAUGAAGAAAAACA